UACACAUAUAAAAGCCAAAGAGAGCUUCUUUUCAAAUCUGUUAUUCAAUAAUAUUUCAGUUCUCAAUGGCUUCUCCACUGAUUUUUUCCAUGUUGUAUCUUGGCCUCGUUACUCUGCAACUUUCUUUGUUCCACCUCUCUGCUUCCAGCAAUGUUCAUAUUGUGUAUAUGGGAGAAAAAAGACAUGAUGAGCCAGAGCUGGUUUCUGAGUCCCACCAUCAUAUUCUCUCUCAUGUACUCGGAAGCAAAGAAGCCGCGGAGGAAUCAAUUAUCUACAGCUACAAGCAUGGCUUCUCAGGGUUUGCUGCUGUCCUGACUCAGACUCAAGCUAAGCAUAUUGCAGAUUUCCCUGGAGUGGUUAAUGUGAUUCCCAAUAGGAUUUUUAGUUUAUGCACCACUAGAAGUUGGGAUUUCCUGCAAGUAAGGCCCGAUAUUAGAAAUGGAAUUCUUGCACAAAGUCGAUCAGGCAGUGGGUCUAUUAUUGGUAUCAUGGACACUGGAAUUUGGCCCGAGUCCGAGAGCUUCAAAGAUGAUGGUAUGGGAGAGAUCCCAUCUCGUUGGAGAGGAAUAUGCCAAGAUGGAGAACAAUUCAAUCGCUCCCAUUGUAACAGGAAAAUAAUUGGCGCACGAUGGUAUAUCAAAGGAUAUGAAGCUGAAUUCGGGAAGCUAAAUCGAAGUGAUGGGGUUGAAUUUCUAUCUCCCCGAGAUGCUAGUGGCCAUGGUACUCAUACAUCAUCCACUGCUGCUGGGGCUUUAAUAGAAAAUGCAAGUUUUAUGGGACUGGCUGGCGGUGUGGCAAGAGGUGGUGCUCCAUCUGCUUGGUUAGCUAUCUAUAAAGUCUGUUGGUCCACUGGUGGCUGCAGCUCUGCUGAUCUGCUUGCUGCAUUUGACGAUGCAAUCUCUGAUGGUGUUGAUGUAGUCUCGCUAUCUCUAGGUUCUCCGCCUCCACUUCCUUCUUAUGCCGAAGAUGUUGUGUCUAUUGGUUCUUUCCAUGCUGUAACCAAAGGAAUCUCAGUGGUAUGCUCAGGAGGAAAUUCCGGUCCUUAUCCUCAAAGUGUCAUAAAUACUGCUCCAUGGAUUUUAACUGUUGCAGCCAGCACCAUUGAUAGAGCUUUCCCUACUGUAAUUACCUUGGGAAACAAUCAAAGUCUUGUGGGACAUGCUGUUUAUACAGGGAUGGAUGUCAACAAGUAUUUCCCACUGGUUUAUGGAGAAGACAUUGCGUCCAUUAAUGCAGACGAAGACACGGCUAGAAGCUGUGAUUCAGGAUCUCUAAAUGAGACUUUAGCAAGAGGAAAGGUUGUUCUUUGUUUUCAAUCUCGAUCACAAAGGUCAGCUACCGUUGCAGCUAGUACUGUAUUGAGUGUUAACGGUACAGGUCUAAUAUUUGCAAAGGUGCCAACCAAGGAUGUUUCUUUGUCCUGGAGUCUUCCUUGUGUCCAAAUUGAUUUUACAAUUGGGACAUAUCUGCUUACAUACAUGGAGGCAACCAGAAAUCCUGUAGUCAAGUUUGGUCCAACAAGAACAGCACUGGGACAACAGAUAUCCCCAGAAGUUGCAUUCUUCUCUUCCCGAGGACCCAGUUCACUCUCUCCGACUGUUUUGAAGCCUGAUAUUGCUGCUCCUGGUGUUAAUAUUUUAGCUUCAUGGUCUCCGGCUUCUUCGCCGUUGUAUUAUGAUGCACCUGGAACAAAACAACUUCAACUCAAGUUCAAACUCGAAUCAGGAACUUCCAUGUCCUGUCCUCAUAUUUCUGCUGUGGUGGCUCUUCUUAAAACUAUCCAUCCAGAUUGGAGCCCAGCUGCAAUAAACUCAGCAUUAAUCACAACAGCUUCUUUGGAGGAUGCAUAUGAUCAAAGUAUUGUAGCUGAAGGAGCUCCUCACAAGCAAGCUGAUCCUUUUGACUAUGGAGGUGGUCACGUCAAUCCCAACAAAGCCAUAUCUCCUGGUCUUGUUUAUGAUUCUGGAGUCUCAGAUUAUGUUCAAUUUCUUUGCUCUAUGGGCUAUAAUGACACUGCCACUAGCUUAGUUGCUGGAACUCCAACAAAAUGCCUUAAAUCAACCAACUUUCUUGUAAAUCUUAAUCUGCCUUCUAUCACCAUUCCUGAUCUAAAGCAGAGGUUGACAGUAACAAGAACAGUAAGAAAUGUUGGCCCUGAAAACUCUGUCUACAUUGCGCGGAUUCAGACCCCAGCUGGAGUUUCUGUGAGAGUUAAGCCGAAGAUUCUGCGGUUUAAUUUGACUGUAAAGGUGCUGAAUUUCAAUGUAGUGUUUCGUUCACAUCUAAGAAUUCAAGGAAGAUACUCUUUUGGAAAUUUGUUUUGGGAAGAUGGUUUUCACGUAGUGAGGAUUCCUUUGAUUGUUAGGACUAUCAUUGAGGAUUUUUAUGCAGAGACAUGAUGGAAAUUGACUAUAACAUGGCUUGGUUUUGCAUGGAAUAUCUACUUAUUUUAUGAGAAAUCAAGAGGAAACAGAAUUAUUGAAGUUUCUUUUU